ACUACACCAGCCAAAAUCUCUAAAAAAUAGUACACAUAUACUUCUAGAGAGAGAGAGAGAGAGAUCUGCGCGCGAGUAUAUUUGAAGGACUGCAGAAGCUGAUACAAUCACAAUCACAAUCACAAUCACUACAAUAUCAACACUACUCAUAAUAUUUAAUGCCAAUAAACUGCAGAGCUAACUGCAUCGGCUAAUCCGACUAGCUCUGUUCCACAUUCAGUGUCAGUUUAUCCAGAUUUGAAAGUCUUAUUGGUGGUCGAGUUGAAGCUGGUUUUGAGUAUAUUUUCCCGAGAAUUUCAGCGGAGAAAUGGAUGACAGAGGAGGAGAAGGAGGAUCGUUUGUGGCGGUGCGCCGAGGACUCCAUCAAGGAACUGCCUGUCAUUCUACUGGAUCUUCUGCGUGGCUAGGCAGAGGCCUUUCGUGUGUUUGUGCUCAAAGAAGAGAUUUUGAGGAUCAUCCAUCAUUUGAGUUGACGCCCGCACAGGAAGAAUGUUUACACAGACUACAGAACCGGAUAAAUAUUGGUUAUGAUAGUUCUAACCCUGAGCACCAGGAAGCUCUAAAGGCAUUGUGGCAUGCUGCCUUUCCCGAAGAGCAACUACACGGGUUAAUGUCAGAACAGUGGAAGGAGAUGGGUUGGCAGGGGAAAGAUCCAUCGACAGAUUUUAGGGGCGGUGGUUUCAUAUCGUUGGAAAAUUUGUUAUACUUUGCAAGGCACUUUCCUAAAUCUUUUCAGGAUCUUCUUCAGAAGAAAGAGGGUGAUAGGGCAAUGUGGGAAUAUCCCUUUGCCGUAGCUGGUGUCAAUAUCACAUUCAUGCUUAUUCAGAUGCUUGACUUUGAAGCAGUAAAGCCCAGAACACUUGUGGGAGCAACCUUUUUGAAGUUGCUUACAGAUAAUGAAUCAGCUUUCGACCUUCUGUAUUGCAUCGCGUUCAAGCUAAUGGACCAUAAAUGGCUCGACAUGCAUGCUUCGUACAUGGAUUUCAACACUGUGAUGAAAGCUACUCGCCAUCAGUUGGAGAUGGAGCUUCUCCAAGAAGACAUUGUACGCCUCGAGGACCUGCCCUCUUAUAACCUUCUUAGUCGGUAACCUAGUAUCCAACUUCCGUAUUUUCUGAAGGUAUGAGCCAGUAUGUCCAAUGCCAGGAAUGCUAUUUUGUUGGAUAAAAUCCCAAUUUUGGUGCUUCCAACUAAAUAGAUUUGCUGAUCAAAUUGGAGCAGUGGCUUUUCGUAUUGAGGGAAGGGGGGUAAAGGACUGUUAGCUAGAAAGUGAUGCUAAAGCAUGCUUAUUAGUUAUUAAUGUUCUUCAUAUGUGCAUCUAUCUUUAGUGAUAGAGAUAUAUGAACCAAGUUUAGUGAAAGAUGAAUCCUUCAAAGUCAAAUGAUUUUGUACACCAUCGUGCUCUAUGGAAACUGCAGCUUUAGUUAUUGAAACUGAAUCUCUUUUGCAUUA